UAUUUUUGUCAUACUUAAAAACAAAAUAAAGAAAUCGUGUCGGAACUAGACAAACAUUUUUCGGAUCUAGCAAAACAAACACAUAUAUAUAGAGAUAGAUAUAUAUAUAUAUAUUGUGCAUGAUAGAUAUCCCAAAGGUUGUGUGUAUGUGAUAUUUUGGGGGAACAAAGAAAUUUUUGGGACUAAAGGAAAGGAGUGGCCCCCAAGCUGCAGCAGGAAGUGGUGGCAAAGUGCUGGUGGUGGAGAUGGAUGACUAUGACAUCGAUAUCGAUUUGGAUUUCGUACAAUUGAGCCGGCAGCAGUUGCUGCAACGCUACACAAAUGCAGUGCGCCAACUGAGACGAAUUGCCGAAAUAAACUAUGGAGUGCGACCACUGAGCUUCGACAACUAUGUGAUCUAUCAAUAUUUCCGUCAACAGACGCAGCUGAAUAGCGGCGGUAGGGGUGGCAGCGGCAGCGGCCAUCCCAUGAUGGCCUAUUUGAGAUUGCAGGUGCUCCAUCAUUUUCUGGAUCGUCGGCGACAAAUUCUAUGCUGGUUAUUCUAUCUAACAUUGAUGUCCCUGUGUGUGGUGGCCUAUCGGUAUGAGACAUCCAGCCGAUCGGAGGAUCGUGUUGUCCCAUCUAUGGUCUAUCCGGGAAUGAGAAUGUGGCGUCGCAUGACAAUGCCGUUAAUACAACGCUUUCCCCGGCUCACCGAGCUCUACGAUGAGUCCUGUCUGAUGGGUAAUCCCUUCUUUCAGGUGGAGGAUCUCAAUUGUGGCCCGUGCGCCAAUGUGGAGAGCGUAUGGUUUAAAGAGAACGAAAGUGACAGCGUUCCGUCGUCACCGGAUGCCGAUCAUUUGCCCUUUGCCUUCCGAAGUCAACAAAAUGCCAUCGAUAUAAGUGAUUUCUAUAAUAUAUAUGCCAAUAACCAUAAGAUCUUCCAACGUGAUGCUUAUCGUGUACAUUCCACCAAUAAGGGUGUACACAAUCUUGAGGAUCUCUUUGGUCAGUUCAAUACCAGUGGCUGGUCACAGCAGGCUCACAAUAUAUGGCGUUGCAAUCGGAUGCUGCCUGCCCGUUUAUUGCGUCCCUUCUUCGCUCGUCCCACACAAUUGCCCAGCAUGGGCGUGGCCCUGGAGCGAUAUGUGACCAUUGAUACGGCAUUGGCGCCAUCGUAUACCCUACCCGAAACGGAAUGCCCCAAUGUCUAUGUCCAUCAGGCGGUCGGUUCACGUUUCAUCAUCUUGCGGCCGACCAGCGAAUGUCGUCAUCGUUGCCGUACUCUCUCCAUGCGUUUGCCGCCAUCAUUUGUCCUCAGCUAUAAUUGGUUGUAUUGGAAACCGGUCUCGGCCCCAGAUCCUAUAUCCGAAAAUCUAUCAAUCAGUCUGAUUGGCUCCUAUUGCUAAGGAACCAAGAAAAAACUGAAACCGAAAACGUAAAAAUGCAGAAACUGAAAAACAUAUUGCUCACUUUUAAGUUUCGUAGAUUUAUGUAUAUAUCACUCAAACUUAUACACCAUUUAUAUAUGUAUGUAUAUACAUACGAUCAUGCCAAAAUUUUAACUAACGAAUUUCUUUUUGUUGUUCCUUCCUGUUUUUGCCCUUAAGACAAAAAGCUUUCCAAAUUUUAAU